AGGGAGCCGCCGAGCGCAAAUUCCUCCGCGCAGCGCGCCAUUGACUGGACCCAGCAACUUAUUUAAGGCUGGAAAGUGACACAGGGGCUCCUCGCCUCCGCUCGCCGCCAGCCGCUGGGCAGCCCGGCCGCACCGAGCCGUGCAGAGCCGGGAUGCCGCCGAGGUGAUCGCCGCCCAGCCUGCUCGCAGCCUGGGCCGCCCGCCGGCGAAGGAGCCGCGUCCCGCCGGCUGUGCCCUGUCGAGGGGCUUUCUUUUGGGGGCGGGUUUCUAUUUUUUUGUUAUCUUAUUUAUUUUUUAAUCUUUUCCUGCUCUGGACUGCGCCUUCGCGGAGAGUUUCGCCGGGCUCCGGCCGAGCAUGGAGAAGUACGAGGAGGACAUGGCACUGAAGGCCACCAAGCUCCUGGAAGACCUGUCCCUCUACGAGCCUUGCCCGGAGGCACCGUACGGCCGGGGCGGCCGUCGGGACCCGCCGCUCCCCCCGGACCUGGAGGAGACCAAGCGGGUGCUGGCCGCCCACAUGCCGGCGGAGCAGCGGGGCCGCAAGAUGAACGGCACCGCCGCGCCGCCGCCGCCCGCCGAAGCCUUCCCCUUCCCCGCCGCCCCCUGCGGCAAAGCCUACCCGCCCGCCGCCCCGCUCCGCGCCGCCAACGGCCGCGCCGAGCCGCCGCCGCCGGCCGCCGGGCCGCCGUGUUGCGAGGAGGGGCUGUGCACCCGCUCCGAGGUGGCGCUGCCCUGCUACAGCGGCUUCCCCGACAAGGGCAAGCGCUACUCGGCCGAGGGCUACCGCUACGCCGCCGGCAGCGCCUACGACGGCGGCUACGUGGCCAAGGGCGGCGGGAGGGCGGCCGGGGUCCCCGACGGCAAGUACGGAGCCGCCAGCCCCCGGGCCAGCCUGGCUCCCGCCGCAGCCGCCGCCUCGCCGGGCCCCGGCGCCGAGCACGGCAAGUUCUCCAGCCCCCGCUCCAGCCUGGGCGGCGCGGGGUGCUCGCUGCCCUACGAGAAGUUCUCGAGCCCCCGCUCCAGCUUGGUGGUGCCCGGGCAGGACAAGUACGGCAGCCCCCGCGGCAGCCUGGUGCAGUACGACGGCGCGGCGCUGAGCCCCCGCUCCAGCUACGCCAGCACGGCCAGCGACACCAGCAAGCACUCCAGCCCCCGCGCCAGCCUCACCAGCUACGACGGCGGCGGUGGCGGCGGCAGCAAGCCCAGCAGCAACCGCACCAGCGGUAUCAGUAUGGGCUACGACCAGCGCCACGCCAGCCCCCGCUCCAGCACCGCCAGCCAGUACUCGUGCCCCACCAGCCCCCGCUCCAGCUACUCGGACUCCAGGUACGGCCCGCCGGGCGGCGCCGAGCUGGACGGGGCCGCUGCCGCCGGCCUGGCCGUGGCCAGCCCCCGCUCCAGCCUCUGCGGGCCCCCCGAGGGCCGCGGCGUGCAGGGCGCUGCCGUGGUCAGCCCCCGCUCCAGCAUCUCCAGCCAGAGCUCGCGGAGCUCCCGCGGCUCCAUGAGCGCCUACCCCGAGCUGCAGCUGCCCUCGCCCCGCUCCUCGCUGCUGGGGCCCGGCCUGCAGGAGGACUGCGUGGUGCCCGAGCUGCCCGAUGGCUACCACAAGAUCCAUGCCCAGUCCCCGCCGCGCCACGACCAGCAGCACCCGGCUGGCGGUGGCGGCCCCGACGCCGCGUCCCCCUAUGCCUACAGCCCCACCAAAGGCUCGGCCUCGGCUCCCAAAUUCAAGCUCCCCUACCAGGUGACGCCGAGCCGGGAGAGCGGCCCCAGCCAGGCAGAGAGGAGGCUGGAGGCGCUGACGCUGGAGCUGGAGAAGGAGCUGGAGAUGCACAUGAAGAAGGAGUACUUCGGUAUCUGUAUAAAAUGUGGAAAAGGUGUGUAUGGAGCGAGCCAGGCUUGCCAAGCAAUGGGUAACCUCUAUCAUACCAACUGCUUCACGUGCUGCUCUUGUGGGAGAAGACUACGAGGAAAAGCGUUCUACAAUGUCAAUGGCAAGGUGUACUGUGAAGAAGACUUCCUAUAUUCAGGUUUUCAGCAAACAGCAGACAAGUGCUUUGUUUGUGGACACCUCAUAAUGGAGAUGAUCUUGCAGGCCCUUGGAAAGUCAUACCAUCCUGGCUGCUUCCGCUGUGUGGUAUGUAACGAGUGUUUGGAUGGAGUUCCCUUCACUGUAGAUGUGGAAAACAAUAUUUACUGUGUCAAAGACUACCAUACGGUUUUCGCACCAAAAUGCGCAUCCUGUAACCAGCCGAUUCUACCAGCACAGGGCUCCGAGGAGACGAUUCGAGUCGUGUCAAUGGACAAAGACUACCAUGUGGAGUGCUAUCACUGCGAGGAUUGUGGCUUGCAGCUCAAUGAUGAGGAAGGCCAUCGUUGUUACCCAUUAGAAGGCCACUUGCUCUGUCAUGGCUGUCAUAUCAGGCGCCUUAAUAUUAAAUUGCCAUCACAUCCACCUCCAAGCUAUCCGAUGCACGUCACAGAACUCUGAAAGACAUUUCCAUUACCAGUAAGCCGUUUGAAAGAGAAGACAGAAAUCUUAAAUGACUUUCCUGUUCCUUUAAAAAUGAUAUCCCUGUAAUAACCAUCUAAACCAGCUAUUUAUUUUUUAAAUCAGAGGUGAGGGGUUCUUUCUGAUCUUGUACAUAUGUGUUCUUCUAUCUAGACAUUUUCACUGAGACACCGUCUACUUGAACAAAUAAUGCACCACUAAGUUGUAACUGUAAGUGGCAGCAUUUCUAAAAACAGUGGUAUAAAGGGCUGUUCUGCACUCCCUACUCACUUUUCUUCAGUGGAGGUUUUGCCAGAGUAAGGAGUGCAGAAUUAAUUUCCAGAAGUUAGCACCUUAUCAUAUUGCAGCAGGCAUGAUAAGAACAAUGCUAGCAUUUUAGCUAGUUUCAUCGAAUUCUGGUCUUAGAGAAUACAGUCUCACAGUUUUAAAAACUUAAAUUCCCAGAAGUAGUGCAUAGGAAGCAAACAAACGUUUUUAGCAAUGGCAAUUUUCAGCAGGGGUUAAAUAAUGGCAUUCUGUGAAAAAGCACCAGGCCAACUCUCCAUUCUACAUGGUUUCACAGUCAUCCAAAGACUAUUUUGUUUGUUAAAGAAAUAUGUCAAGCAUCUCAUGAAAAACAUUACAGGCGAACAUAUCUAAAAGAUUGGUACAUGCAGGUUCAUAACAAUUGAAGGAAGUUAUAGACCUCUGUAAUUGCUUGUUGUGUACAAGUGUAGCCAAGUUUCAAAAUGCAUUCAUACCAACUUGAUGAUUUGGCACUUACUAAACAAUCUUUUAAACCUGUUUUUGUUUAAUAGGGUUAGCAGCCCCUUUCUAUGCAAAGGUACACUUGUCUUCAUGCUACUUGUUUUAUACAAGAAUUUGUUACCAACUGCUUUAUGAUUGUGUGUUGAGAUGUUAGUAAAAAGGGGGGGGAGGGACAGUGGUUUUUGUAUUAUCUUUUCAGCUUUGUGUUCUUUUCUAGAUACACUUUUGAACUGAUUAUGGUGAUUAUGUUCAUGGGAAAACCAAGUACAGUUUAGCAGAAAUAUUAAUUUAGACACAGAUAAUUGAAACAUUUGUAUUUUAUAACAAGUAUUAGGUGUACAUAGAAUGUACACACUUUCAUGUUUUGCAUAAGCUUUUACAGUAACCUCAGAGCUCUGGGGAAAUAUAUGUCUUCCAUAUAGGAAGUUAGAUGAAUCUUUUUUAUGGUUUGUUUUCUACCAUGUGUUGAUGAUUUACAUGCAAAUCACACAUCUGUAUGUUUAAAAAAUUUCUUGCAUUCUCAUGAGAAUUGAUCCAGCCUUCCUGAAUUUAUAUUUUAAAUAAAUCCAUCAUUGCUGUCUUUGUAUCCAAAAUUAUAAUAAAAUAAUUUUUUUUCUGCUCCAGAGGAAGUGGAAAUACCAGACCAGAUUCUCCGCAUGUGUAAAUUGGGACAUUUCCAUGCCAGUUUUCAACACAUCGAGAAUCUGACCAAUCCGUUCAGAAAUGGUCAUGUUAAAUUCAGCAUGCAGACUGAUGAAAUGACUUAUUUGGUAACACCAUUGCAGUUUAGUUUCUUAUGCUCCAUUGAUUUUUUGAAAGCCAUUUGUGGUGCUCUUGAGAAGUACAAAGGGCAUCCAAUGGACACUAAUUCCUAAGUGGAAUAAUUAACUCCUUUAACAGAACUUUUUGAUAGUCUGGAAUUUCCUUGGGGGGGUGGGGGAGAGCAAGGAGGCAGGAAAAAUUCCUGUGAACUAUUUUUUUCUGUUAGUAAGGAACAAAAGGUAUGUUUUCUGAACUUCUGCCAAACUUCCAUUGGCCUAGAUGAACCUGUUCUAUUGAAUGCUCCUUGGCAAGUCAGAUGCUCCUUUAAAAAGUAAUUUUCUUAUUAAUAUAUAAGUUUAAAAUUAACAUAUUUAAUGUGAGAACUGUGUUUUGAAUGGAAUUACAAUGCAACUAGUACCCUAUUUCUACAGUUUGACCUAAGAGGCCUGCCCUCCAAAGAGUGGGCACUGGCUGCAUGCACACUUUCUCUGCAUUUGCAAGCAUUACCUGUUUGUCCAUAGUCACCAAACCAGCCUCAGAGGGAAACAGAAGUACAUUUGCCUCUUGCCCAAACAGCAAAUUCUAGAAAAGGAAAAAAAAAAAUUGUCUUAAAUUAGAUUGUAUGACUAGGUCAGUUCCAUUAAGGUUACUACAAACGAUAUGAAAUGGAACCUAUCAGACCUUCAGGAUAAACUUUUAGCCUGAGCUGCAAUGUAAUACUUUUCCAUUUAAAGAUGCUGUUUUAGCCCACAUCUAGCUCUGAGGUACUUGUAUUUACUUGUCUUUGUGAUAUAUAUUAAAGAAUCCAAGUUAAGAAAACAAUCAUUAAAAUACACAGAGAAGGUUUGUGUCUGCUCCUGUGAGCAAGCCAUCCCAUAACAGUACUCGCUGUACUGAACCAUGCUUUGCUCUAUCAUCAUAAAAGCAAAACCUUAAAAAUCACAGUGGCCAGAGGAGGAGGUGACACUGGCAUUUAAGCCCAGUCUUCUGCCAGCACCUUCCUUAGCACUUUGCCUCCAGUCAGGGGCAAGGUUAGGUUUCCAGUUCAACAUUACUUUUCAAGGGUCAGCACACUAUCUAACAUGUACAUACAAUACCUUUUCUUCUUUUUUGAAAACGAUCAUACUUUAGAACAGAAUAAUAUUUAAUUUCACAUUAAUUUGUCAGUCUUGUAGUUCUACUCAGUUCCAAUGUGUUAAGUAUCAUCACAGUAAAUACUGAAAGUUACUGUUUCAAUAUAGACUAAGUAAUUUGUUUAAAAACCAGAAAGCAGCAGUUGUUGUUCUAGCAGUUUUUACAGACAGGUGCAUUUUGUUUUUGGCUAAUGAAGUACAGCUUUGCUUUUCCAGCAUUAAGUAUAAAAGCUGGAGGUUGAAUGAAAUUUGCCAGUUUUUCAAUCAAAGAACAGAAAAAAAUCAAAUCUAAACCAAUGGUGUGCUGCAAUCUGUAGUGCUAGUGACAGUUUCUUCACAUUUUACAUCUUGUCUGGGGAAUUAUGUAAAUGAGAGCUUAUUUUAAUUAUUUUCUUAAGGAGUAUGCUUAUAUUAAAUCAGUUCAACACAGAUGUAAACUUUCUGGAGUUCAUUUUAUGAUGUGAUUGUUCAUCAGAAGCCUUUUCUGCAUUCUGUACUGUCAGAAUAUUUCCAUAAAGUUAAAACAAUAACAACUUGAUCUCAUUUGCAUCAGGAGUACACCUUUCCAUUUUGGUAAGGCAAUCUUACGAAGUCCCUACAACACAACACUGUCCUAGGCAAUUCAGAGUUCCUCAUGCACUGGAGGACGUGAUCCAAAGAAAGGACCAAAAUAAUAAUCGGAAAACAAAACAAAAGAAUGCACUCAGAUAAUUGAGCUUUCAAAAAGGGGUUGUUUGGGUUUCUUUUCACUUGUGUGUGUGUGUGUGUAUAUAUUUUGUAAGGUGGAGCUUCAGAAGGAAAACACGGUUAGAGGAGCUCUUUAAGACCAGAAAUUCCAGAGUAGUUAAGUAAACCAAAGCUCUAAAGGAGACAAAAGCUGCUUUCUUGUGUUUCAAGAAAAGUUUAAAAGUUUAUGAUUCAUCCUGUAACUAAUGCCGUAACUAGAGUGUAUAAUUUGACUUAAAUUAAGUUUCAUUUGAGAAAUAUUUUCAUUUUCUUUAAAAGAAUAUAGUUUUCUUCCAAGAACUUGGACCAACGUUGAUUUUUAUUUUGUUAGGAAAUAUAUAAAUUCCCUGUUUGUAUAUCAUGUAACUAGUUUACAUGCUGAAAAUAUACAUUAGUUUAACUAUUUUUGUAUAUAUCCUUGUAAAACCUUCCAAUGUGCUUCUGUCUUCUAGUCUUCAGAAUUACUUGUGGUUUUGUGUUUCAGUGUUUGAUUCCCUUGAUUGUUGAAGAAAAAAAUUGGGAAAUGUAGAUUUAUUUAUCUAAAGAAGAAGCUACUUGCUAUCAUCCUAAGUUAUUUAAUAUUAAAGUCAGAAGUUUCAUUUAACCUUAGAUGCUAUAAUCUGCUUUUUUCAAUAAAGACAUUUUGUAGUUA